UUUAGCCGUCACAGCUGGCGAGGAGUAAACCGAGCGGCAUGGAAUGGAUAUUCCGUCUUUAUAGUUAGCUUCGGAGUAAUCUAUACAUAUAUAUAUAUUAAUAUUAAACCGUCGAAGUGUUGAGUUAGUUACAUGUGAACUGGGUGUUUGUGUUGUGGACGAUGGGCUGGGGUGUGUGUAGCAGGGCCCUUGUGUGGUGCAUUUCUACAGCGCUGUUCAGUAGCCUGCUAUUAGUGGGCCACUGCAGUCGCAGCAGCGUCUCCCUGCCCGAGAGUUUACUCUUUGUUUCCACUCUGGAUGGAAACCUGCAUGCCGUCUGCAAACGCUCAGGUUCUAUUAAAUGGACACUUAAGGAAGAUCCUGUUCUUCAGGUCCCAACCCAUGUGGCUGAACCUGCGUUUCUGCCUGACCCCAAUGAUGGAAGCCUGUACUCACUAGGAGGAAAAAACAACGAGGGACUGACGAAACUGCCCUUCACCAUUCCUGAGCUGGUCCAGGCUUCCCCCUGUCGAAGUUCUGAUGGAAUCCUGUACAUGGGUAAGAAACAGGACGUGUGGUAUGUGGUAGAUCUGCUGACAGGAGAAAAGCAGCAAACUCUCACCUCCUCUUUUGCUGAGACAUUGUGCGCCUCAUCCUCUCUGCUUUACCUCGGUCGCACAGAGUACACUAUCACCAUGUAUGACACCAAGAGCCGAGAGCUGCGGUGGAAUGCCACUUACUCAGAUUAUGCAUCCACCCUUCCUGACGAUGACACCAAAUACAAGAUGGCUCACUUUGUUUCGAAUGGAGAUGGCCUGGUGGUGACUGUAGACACCGAGUCUGGCGCAGUGCAGUGGGUGCAGAACUACGACUCCCCCGUGGUGGCUAUGUACAUGUGGCAGCGUGAGGGCCUGCGCAAGGUACCACACACCAACGUAGCCGUGGAGACACUGCGCUACCUCACCUUCACCUCAGGCCAGAUGGGACGUAUCACACAGUGGAAGUAUCCUUUCCCUCGAGAGAGGAAGCUUGAGGACAAACUCAUGUCCACACUCUAUGUGGGAAGGUACUCAACAAGCCUCUACGCAUCGCCCUCUCUGGUGCAUGAUGGAGUUACUGUAGUGCCACGUGGUAGCACUUUUCCAAUGUUGGAGGGUCCCAGUAGCCAGGAGGGCAAUAUGGAGGAGGACCAAGAGUGUGUCAUCACUCCCAGCACCAGUGUUAAAUUCAAUGCUGCCCUGAAGGAGCGGAACCGUGUCAACUACAUGAGGGACUACCUCCUACUUAUAGGUCAUCAUGAGACUCCACCUGAGGCUCAUAAGAAGAUUCUGGAAAGAUUUCCGGACAGUUUUCCUCGUCAGCACAGCAAUGUUAUCCCUCCUGCUACAGAGCAAACUAUUGAGGAGAAGGUGAAUGAAAGCGGGAUGGAGGAUAGCAGCCCCUUGCCCCCUCCUAUCCGUUCUCUUCAGGAGAAACAUCCACGUCCAUCUCGCUCUGAAGCACCUGUGGACUCUAUGCUCAAAGACAUGGCCACCAUUAUCUUCAGCACUUUCCUCCUGGCGGGCUGGGUAGCCUUUAUCAUCACUUACCCCAAGAGCAUGCAGAAGCAACAGCAGCUGCAGCAUCAACAGUUCCAGAAGCAAAUGGAGGAGAAGUUGGAGCUCCUACAGAAACAGCAGCUGCUCUUCCAGCCACCGAGCGACCUGCUGCCUGACGGUGACUUCCUGGAGGUGGCACGUGGUCGUGCUGAGAGCUCCGGCCAAAGCAGCGCUAAUGCCACACCACGUGCUUCCAAUCAUUCCAACCUGUCUCACUCUGAACCAGGAGGUUCUGCAGCUGAGCAUGACGAUGGAGAGGAUGAGUCCAACAUUGUUCGUGUUGGAAACAUCACCUUUAAUCCCAGGAAUGUUCUGGGACAUGGUGCUGAGGGCACCAUUGUAUACAGGGGUCAUUUUGAUAACCGGCAGGUGGCGGUGAAGAGAAUUCUCCCAGAAUGCUUUAGCUUUGCUGACCGGGAGGUGCAGCUGCUGCGUGAGUCAGACGAGCACCCCAAUGUCAUCCGCUACUUCUGCACCGAGCGUGACCGCCAGUUCCAGUACAUUGCUAUCGAGCUGUGUAGCGCUACUUUACAGGAGUAUGUAGAGCAGAAAGAUUUUAAUCGCCAUGGGCUGGAACCAGUGACCUUGCUGCAGCAAACCAUGUCUGGCCUGGCACACCUGCAUUCGCUCAAUAUAGUUCAUAGAGAUCUGAAGCCACACAACAUCCUGGUAUCUAUGCCGAAUGCUCAUGGGCGAGUCCGGGCCAUGAUCUCAGACUUUGGCCUGUGUAAGAAGCUGGCUGCGGGCAGACACAGUUUCAGCAGGAGGUCUGGUGUACCUGGCACCGAGGGGUGGAUAGCCCCUGAAGUGCUUAGUGAAGAUGCCAAGCACAACCCAACAUGCACAGUGGACAUCUUUUCUGCCGGCUGUGUGUUUUACUACGUGGUGUCACAGGGCUGUCAUCCCUUUGGAAAGUCCCUGCAGCGACAAGCUAACAUUCUCCUGGGAGUCUAUUCACUGGACCACUUGCAGCCAGACAGGCAUGAAGACAUUGUGGCCAUGAACCUGAUCGAGCAGAUGCUGAGCGUGGAGCCUGAGAAGAGGCCGUCAGCAGAACGUGUGCUCAAGCAUCCCUUUUUCUGGAGCCUUGAAAAACAGCUGCAGUUCUUCCAGGACGUGAGUGACCGGAUAGAGAAGGAGCCACUAGAUGGACCAAUCGUGAGACAGCUGGAAAGAGGAGGACGGGCCGUGGUGAAAGGAGACUGGAGGGAACAUAUCACAGUGCCUUUACAAACAGAUCUCCGCAAAUUCCGCUCCUACAAAGGCGGCUCUGUCCGAGAUCUUCUGCGUGCCAUGAGAAACAAGAAGCACCAUUACCGUGAGUUACCUGAGGAGGUUCGGGAAACACUGGGCUCCGUUCCAGACGACUUUAUCACCUACUUCACGUCCCGCUUUCCCCAGCUUCUGCUCCACACGCACAUGGCAAUGCGGUUGUGUGCCCACGAGCGCCCAUUUCUGCCCUACUACCACAGCUCAGAGCUACCUUCACGGACCAUUAACACACAGCCUGAGCCCAAACCCCCAGAGCAAAGUCAAGCGGACUUGUCUUCAUUCACACAUUCAGAACAACUGCCAUUAGACACAAAUUUGUCCCCACCAUUAGAUUCCCCAGUGCUGCCUGAACACACUGAACAUGUGCAGCAGGAGCAAAAUGCCUUCUCCAUGCCAUCCAUAAAAGAAGAUACUGCACCAUAGAAGAAAGGGGUCAGUUCUGAAUGGACACAUCUCUCUGAAUUUGUACAGUCCAGGCCUGCAGUGCCUGAGCUGUGUUACUUACGUGAGGUGUCAUGCCAUCUCAAAGUGCCUUAUCUAUUUAAGACAAAAUGGCUCUUUUCGGAGCUGCCUAGUUCCAGGUGAAGCUUGGCUAGUCUGGAUUCGAUGCUGUUAUUUGGACCACGGUAUUAUAAUAAGGAGCUGAAGUUUUUUUAUUAUUAUUAUUAUUAUUAUAACUCUUUUGUAAAGGCAGAAAACUGUGAUGCUCGCACACGCAUGAGUUGAGGAUUAUUUCUAAUGAACUCUUAAAGUCAAGAGCUAUUCUACUGUGCGAUGUCAGUGAUACUCAGUCAGAGACCUUGCUGUUAAAUAUAUAUUUUUGUACAUAUCUUGAUUGGUGAUCAUCAGUCAGCGUGGCCAGUGUGCCUUUUAAUUCUCGCUGUUCUCUGUGUCUUGGCUGUGUGAAGUCAGGGGAGAUAACUGUUCCUGCCUGUUUCUAUGUUGCUGCUGACCUCAGUUGUAUCCAAAGGGAACUGGAAUAUUCAUCUUCUGAUAUGCAUUUCCGUUUUAUAAUCAUAGCUUAUCAGUUGUCAUUGCAAAUUUUGUUGUACAGUUUGUCAUCACAUUACAUAAUUGAUAUAAAAUCAAAUGUAUUUUUAAAAUUUUAUCUAUGGCUGUUAAAACAUUUUUAGACAGAAAUUUUAAUAGGUGAAAUUUUCAAAAACAAACUCCUUCUCUCCCCUGCCAUUGAAUGUAUGCACACUUGGGCCACU